AUGCCAAAGGUUUCCAGGCCGUACUGGGGCCUUCGAGGAGGAUGGCUAACAUUCUGGAUUACGACGGCGUGUGGUGCGGACAUGACACUCCUUGGCUAUGACCAGGGAGUUUUCAGCGGGGUUGUUAUAUCGCAGGACUUCCUUCGGACGCACAAUCUUGAAAGCCCGUCUAAGACAACGUUACUCGGCACCGUCACUGCAAUUUAUGAUAUUGGUUGCUUUCUUGGAUCAAUCCUCGCGUACUGGCUUGGAGAGCGACUUGGUCGCAAAAACACGAUCCUGUUGGGAAGCACAGUGAUGUCCAUUGGUGCUAUCCUCCAAGUUUCCUCAUACAGCGUGGGUCAGAUGAUGGCGGGUCGGGUCAUUGGUGGAAUCGGUAACGGGCUUAACACAUCAACAGCUCCUAUCUGGCAAGUUGAGACAUCCAAAAUGCACCUGCGAGGGAAGUUGGUUAUUCUUGAGAAUGUUCUCGUUCUUGUUGGAUUUUCUCUCGCGAAUUGGCUUAACUACGGUCUUUCGUUUGUGAAUGGACCUGUUUCGUGGAGGUUUCCCUGGCAUUCCAAUUCAUUUUCAUUUUCAUCUUGUUCUUCACUACGCCAUGGCUUCCUGAGUCUCCGAGUGUUGCGCAGAUGGCUUAUGACUCAUGGAAGGGAAGAAGAAGCAAUUCAAAUAAUUGCAGACCUCGAAGACAAAGAUCUUGAUGAUCCGUUCGUACAACUGCAACGAAGCGAGAUGAAAUACAGCAUUGAGUACGAGCGAGCCAACAGUGUCAGCUUCAGCGAUAUCUUACACAGGAAGGCCAACGAGAAAGCCGGUACAAAGACUAUUCGUCGUCUCCUUCUCGGCAUGGGCGUUCAGGCAAUGCAACAGUUCUCUGGAAUCAAUGUUGGUUCUUACUACCUACCGACAGUCUUGACCAAGUCUGUCGGAUUGGGUGAGUCGCUUGCUAGACUCCUUACCGCUUGCAACAGUGUUCAAUACUUGUUGUUCUCUCUCAUCGGCAUACCGAAUGUGGAGAGGUGGGGUCGUCGGAAGCUUUUAAUAUUUGGUGCCACAGGACAGUGCGUGUGCUAUAUCUUUAUAACGGCACUCAUUCGGUAUAAUGAGAUGCCAGAAUAUGCGCACCGUCAUCAAGUAGCGUCUGCUUCUGUAGCAUUCUUCUUCCUAUAUUAUGUGUUCUUCGGAAUUGGCAUGCAGGGAGUGCCGUGGCUCUACCCCACGGAAAUAAACUCGCUAACCAUGCGUACAAAGGGCGCCGCUUUGGGAGCGGCUACGAACUGGAUCUUCAAUUUCAUGGUCGUUGAAGUUACACCGAUUGGAAUACAAAAUCUCGGAUGGCGCUUCUACAUCAUUUGGAUUGUGCUCAAUGCAGCCAUGAUACCUACAAUUUACUUCUUCUACCCUGAGACGGCGGGUCGCUCUUUGGAGGACAUGGAUGACUACUUCCGGACUAACCCUGGACUCCUAGUGUUCAGAGACAAGGAGGCAAUUUCCAGCAAACGCCCUGAGAAAUAUCAAGCGAAGGAUCAGUAUAUCAUUCACGCAAAAGAGGACGUUGCGAUAGAGGAAUCGCAGCAUCUUGAGGUUGCAGUCUGA